GUCGGAUGGGAAUAAAGCCGCUUCAGCAAAAUGACUAAACGCCCGGGUCCUCUUAUGGAGGAUUCGUACAACGAUGACGCCCUGGAGCUUCCCCACGAAGAUUUUUCCGCGUACUGCCGGUUGUGCUUUUCCAUCUCCCAGCUGGAGCCGCUGUUUGCGACCCGGCAGGACGACAACUACCAACUGAUCGGCAUGAUCGAAAUGUGCGCCGGAAUCAAGCUGAGCGCCAAGACGGACAGUCCGUCGUCGAUCUGUCUGCAGUGUCGGCUGACGAUGGACGAAUUCUUCAACUUUCGGAAGCUGUGCCAGCGCCUGAAUCGGGUGUACCGGCGCAAACGCAACGAAGCGGCCGUAUCGAAGGCAAAUGCGGCGUUGGAGUACCAUCAGGGUGGAGCAGCGCUGGUGGCCCUCGCAGUACCUGAAGUAGUAGUGGCGGAGCAGGUGCCGGUUGUACACGACAUCGAUCUAGUAGCGGCAGAAGAUAUUUCCGAGAAUCCGUCACCAAUGGAAGAAGACAUAAAGGACGAAACGUGUGCCACGAUGGUUGCUCCUGAACCAUCCGCUCUGGAGGCUUCCGCGGUUGCCGAUGGGGUAGCUCCGGAAUCGUUCAUUGUGCACGAACUGUCCGACGAGGACGAGGACGACGAUGAUGUGCAGAUAACGUCGGUGGAUACGAUUCCGGUGACGUUCGAUUUGAGCGAAGAUAACGAUGAUCCGUUUAUCAAGAUGGCCAACGAUUGGUACUGCUGCAAGGCUUGCUCUCGCCUGUAUCAGGCGUUUCCCCAGCUGGUGGAGCAUCUUAGGGAUGUACAUCCGGAAAAAGCGGAGACAUUGCGUCACCGAACCAAAGAGCCCUACUUCCGGGUCAAAGAUGCCGAUCUGCAGACGGUACAGUACGGGUCGAACAACUACUACAAGUGUGACCUGUGCGACACCAUUUGGAGUAGCAAGACUCCUAUUAUGAGGCACCGCUGGAGAUAUCACGGCGCCUUUGACGAUUGUCGGAAAACUUACUGCCGAGAGGCGGGCUGCGAGAGCUUCUUCAUGGAUCAUCAGGCGGUCAGUCGCCAUCUGGAGGUUGUCCAUGGGCGCGUACGAAAGGCCCGAAAGAAGCCUGCCGCAGUGGCGAGUGCAGCGACGAAUGGUGGUCCUCCUGCUGGCGACAGUGGGGUUGCGCACGACGAUGACGUGGUGCUUAUUACGAACGAAUAUCCCCAGCAGGUCAAUGCUCCACCGUCGUAGGUUUGGUCUAUCCGUUCGAUGAUUGCGGUAAGUAGAACUAGAUACAACAACUUUUAUGUCGUACAUACUAUUCUAUUACACUCUUAGUGUAAUUUCUAAUAAUACAACUCGUGGAAAUAA